AUGGUGCUUCAAGAUCUCGGGCGGCGCAUCAAUGCCGCCGUCACUGACCUCACGAGGUCGCCAAACCUCGAUGAGAAGGCCUUCGAAGCCAUGGUCAAGGAGAUCUCCAACGCCCUCGUCGAAGCCGAUGUCAACGUCAAACUCGUCAUGAACCUGCGACAAUCGAUCAAGAAAGCCGUUGACUUCAAGCAUCUCGCGCCAGGUGUGAACAAGAAGCGCCUCAUCCAGAAAGCCGUCUUCGAUGAACUCGUCAAGAUGGUCGACCCCCACGCCGAACCCUUCAAGCCCCGCAAGGGCAAAUCGAACGUCAUCAUGUUUGUUGGUCUGCAGGGUGCGGGUAAGACGACAACGUGUACAAAGCUGGCGAGAUGGUACCAGGCAAGAGGCUUCAAGGCCUGUCUGGUGUGCGCCGAUACCUUCCGUGCUGGUGCCUUCGAUCAACUGAAGCAGAACGCGACCAAGGCGAAGAUCCCAUACUACGGUAGCCAUACACAGACCGAUCCUGUCGUCGUGGCAGCCGAGGGUGUGGAGAAGUUCAAGAAGGAGCGCUUCGAGAUCAUCAUCGUGGAUACCUCCGGACGUCACCGACAAGAGACAGACCUCUUCGACGAGAUGGUGCAGAUUCAGAAUGCCGUGACUCCCGAUCAGACAAUCAUGGUGCUGGAUGGAACAAUCGGUCAGGCUGCUGAGUCGCAAGCGCGCGCUUUCAAGGAGGCUGCAGACUUCGGAGCUAUCGUCAUUACCAAGACAGACGGUGCAGCAGCAGGAGGUGGUGCCAUUUCCGCUGUCGCAGCAACGCACACGCCCAUUGUCUUCCUCGGAAACGGAGAGCACAUGCUGGAUCUCGAGCGCUUCGCGCCACAGGCUUUCGUCUCGAAACUGCUUGGCAUGGGAGACGUGCAAGGGCUUGUCGAACACGUGCAAUCGCUCAAACUCGACCAAAAAGACACCAUGAAGCAUAUCACUCAAGGAAUCUUCACUAUCAAGGACCUGCGGGAUCAGCUCUCCAACAUCAUGAAGAUGGGACCAUUGUCUAAGAUGGCAGGCAUGAUUCCCGGUCUCAGCAGCAUGAUGGGUGGUAUGGACGAUGAGGAGGGUGGUACCAAGCUCAAGCGCAUGAUUUACAUCUGCGACAGUAUGACUGAGAAAGAGCUAGAGUCGGAUGGAAAGAUGUUCGUUGAUCAGCCCACACGUAUGACACGCAUCGCUCGUGGCUCCGGUACCUCCGUGCGUGAAGUCGAGGAACUGCUUACCCAACACCGUAUGAUGGCCGGUAUGGCGAAGAAGAUGAAGGGUGGAAUGGCGAACAUGCAGAAAGCACAAGGUGCCAUGGGAGGAGGAAACAAGCAACAACAACUCGCAGCUAUGCAGAAGCGCAUGCAAAGUAUGGGAGGAGGCGCCGGCGGUGCCGGCGGUGGUAUGCCAGAUAUUGGUGCUAUGAUGAAGAUGCUCGGUGGAGGCGGCGGUGGCGGCAUGCCCGACAUGUCAGCCCUAGGCGGAAUGGGUGGCAUGCCUGAUAUGGGUGCCAUGAUGAAGAUGAUGGGUGGUAUGGGUGGCAUGCCGGGCAUGGGUGGAGGUGGUGCUGGUGCAGGGCAAGGAAAGGGGAGGAGGUAG